AUUCUGAAUUCUGUCUCGCAACCUUGUAGCUGAAAUUCAACCACAACCUCGGUUGUGGCAGCUGAAGACGAAAAUUUAUAACACCAGGGUACCGACGGGAACAGGAGGAUACGACAGUGUGUCGGUGGUUGUUGAUAACGCCUUAAUACACGGUAACGGAGCGAUGAGAUGAGAGAAACCAACCCGAGCGAGGCUUGGACAGCGCCGUUUAACCGGUCAUACCGACAGUGGACUUGGCAGCCGCAAAGACUUGACUGACUUCAGAUUAAAAAAAACAACCUGCGAUGUUUUUACAUCUCCCAGUAAGUAGCCUCACUCAAGCAUUACUACAGAUACCGAGCACACGGUAUGUUUGGUUGGUUUAGGGGUGAUUAUUUUACUCUAUUGUUGAAAAAUGUUCCAGAUGUCAGCUCUUUUAAUGGUUGCUAUGUGCAUGCUCAAUUCUCCAGGCAGAUCUAAGUUCGCGUGGCCACGUUAUUGAGGGCAGGGGGCACGAGCCGCUGGAUAAAUAUUAAUUACAUUGUGUAAUAAUUUGCAGUUCCAGCUUUCUAUCCCGGUUAACCCUCUCAUUACUAAUCAUCUGAAUGACUCAAACGUAAAUAAAAGCUCGCAGCCUUCACUUCAUGUUGAAAGAUGAGCUCUAUUUAUCGAUGACCAUCCUGAAAAUGUCUCAAUAAACAGUAUGCAUGGUCACUUAUCGGCUUCAUUAAGAAUGCGGAGCCAUGCUUGAGUACGCUGCAGUGGAUAAUAAUGUCCUCGUAUGGCUCACAGCAUGUCCCCCUCACUUAAAAGGCGAAUCCUGCAUGCACAAAUGAUACCCAGCACUUCUCCAACUGUACACACUUGGGCUGCAGUUUUUUUUAAACAAUACGCAUUUUAACCCUAAAGUUACUUUCUUUCUCAUCUUAACACACUGAACUCUGCAUGUCACCGAGCAUGCUGGGCCAGGAUUGAGGUCACCGAUCUUAAGGUAUAAUCCACUAUGGCAAUUAACCUUUCACCGGUCCGAGAUCAGUAGGCAAGGUCACCCCUGGGUGCUGUUCUCGCUGUCUCCACAGUGCGCCGCGUUUAAAACCCUCAAACUGAGUUUUAUGGACUACUAGUGCGAUGCAUAAUGAGUGACAAAGACUGCCGAUGACCCCUAACAGAACUAUCAAGACCAUCAUGUUUAAGAAACAGUAAAGGAAAAGAGACGUGCUCUGCUAUUUAACCUUUUCAUAUAUGGGAAAACAUAUUUUGAGACAUAAUAAGGCAGUUUUUUCUUUGGCCAAGUGUCUACUUAACAUGACAUCUUCCAGCUUUUGUCCAGCUUUAACUUUAAAACUAUUGAAUUAUUAGUUUUGAUCAGUUUAAAACCCACAUGGGUAAGUUGUUGCAUCAUAUUCAAAUCUUGUAGCUCAUAAAAAAGUUGUCAUAUGAGGCAUAAUUGGAGUUUUAAUGGUGUCCAAAUAUAGUAAUACUUUACCUUGACAAGGAAGUCAAAGAUGUUUCAAGUAGUGCUGUAUUUAAUAAUGUUUAUUAAUAGGAGUCUGGUCUUUAAUUAUUUACAGGGAGUUAUCUCCAAACUUCAGCUUAUGACUUUGCAUGAGUGAGAGACAAGGUGUUGGCUUUACUCUGCCUGUCCUUCAAGCAUUCCUGUUACUGUGACCUUUGGAGUCUGUCACGCAGCGUAAGGGGGAGGGUACUCUUGCAGCAAGCACAAAUCUGGGUAGAUACAGUGGAAUAUGUAUUGCAGGAAGAAAAAGUCAGUGUUUUGAUUAAAAACAUGACUGACAACAGGGGAAACAAAGCUAUUGCUUGUAUAGAGGCUUUCUUUGGAAUCUUUGAAGUUUGGCACGGCUAAUAGACCAAUGUGUAGGACUGCUCCUCAGACUUCAGAGGGUAUAAUUAGACUGGACCAUGGAUAUGUGACCGUUAAAAUGACAAAUGGCAGGUGGGAACACGAAAAGUGACUUGGCUGUAAGUUAUGUGAUGGCACUCAAAAACCUUUGCUUACUUUGCAGGUGUCCUGAGAGCUGCAGACCAAAUCCAAAAACAGUAGCACUACAGUGAGCCACGACCAGGAGUCACAGACACAUAGACUUUACCCCCCAGCUCAGCAGACAGGUAAUCUGAUUACAUCAUGUAUACUUCUACUUCUGAAAUUUUAUGUAUUGAUGCAUCUUUUGUAAUUUGGUUUAUUAUAUGUGUGGUAUCUCUCAUGUUUGGUUGAUUCCCAUCAAAUACCCAUAGACACAAAGGGAAUGUUAAAUGACAAUUGCAGUAUAGAAAGAAGGUUUUUUUUUGAAGAGUUUUAUUUGCCAUCCAAAAUAUUGAAAAUGGUCAGUGAUAGCAUAGUGUGCAUCAUGUCUUUACAGUUAACCAAGCAUAGGAUGAGCUGUGGGUUGAAAUGUGUUGUGAAAGUCCUGCAAAACCCUGAGGGGAUGAAUGAAGGACAAAUAGUGUAUGGAGAGGAGGGAGGAUUGCAGUAUAAAUCAACGGGAGGGCAUCUAUAAUCCUGUGUUAGGACAAAGAAAUGACCAAGAACAAUCAAGGGAUCAGCCCGAUGUUGAACUCUGAAGAUCUUUGUUUUUAGGAUGCUUUGUGCAGUGAUCCGGUUGGGGAGAAUAAAAGCUUUCUGCAGCACUUAAUGUCAUUUGGAAUCGAAAAACCUGCAGAUGCCUCAUGUGUUCUCAUUUGCUCUGUGCAUUAUUUAUUCUAAUAGCACCACUCCCCAGUAAAAAUAUUAGUCACCUUUGAAAAUCUGUUGUAUUCCUGCUGGCUGGACUUUAGACUCCAAUACACUGAUAGGACGCUCCUUCCUGACCUUGCCAGACUACUACUUAAUAGUAACAAAAAAUAAACUUGUAUAGUAGUUUUAAAAAGAAGUGUAAAAAGCGCUGUUAUAGACAAGUUAAGCAGACAUGCAAUUUUUUCAGUUUUUCAGUGAUAAUGAUGAACAUCUGAUUGUCUUCUUGAGAUCUCAUCUUUAUGUCAGGUGCUUGUAAGUACCCCAGAGCUGCAAAAGCACCAAAUAAACAUAGAAGUAAGCUUAACUUAUCUAAUUAGUUUGGGCAAAGUCAGCGUGGCAUGUUGUGGUCUGGUCUGUCAGAGUGACCAACCUGUUGUCUUGUUUUCUAGAUAACCUUGUAACACUGGAAAAAUCUGCUUUGUUUUCUCAACAUAAUUACAUAAACAUAUCCGUUUUAAUGGGUAAAACUGUAUUAUUAAAAAAAAUAAAUAAAUAACAACAUAGAUGAGAUGAGAGAAAAAUUGCUUAUUAAUUAAAAUGUAUGGCUGCUUUUCCCCUCGGGGCCUCCAUAUUUUCAGUUAAAAAUCAAAAAUAUAGGUAGCCAGUACAAGUAAAAAAACAACAAAUUAUAUAGUGAAGAAAAUAUAUCAAGAAAAAAACUACAGCUGCAAUUUUAACCCUCAAUCUUUUGCAAUUUCUUCCCAUCAUGUGAGUGUUUUCGCUGAACUCUACAUUUCUCAGUGCAAAGUCAGUAAAAGACAUUUAAAGAAGCUUGAAAAACAUUGAUUUAGCAGUUUUAAAAUAUGGAAACAGAUAUUAAAGAUUUUUGCCAGUGCUCCUUGAACCAAUGUGUUGUAGCUACAGUACAGCCAUCCGUAAUCAUCAACCAGCUGUUAGAGAAAGCCGAUUGUUUCCCCCUCCCCUCCACACAUACACACACAGGAACACACACAUACACACACAUCCAAACCUCACACGAGCUAGCAGCCGCUGGCAGUCUGGAGAGCGAUUCUGAGUCAAACCUGUGCCAUGAUAUCACACCGUCAGGAGGCUUAAGUGCUGUAGUAGUCGCCGCUAUCAGGUAAGAUGCAGCCUAGUCCGGGUUAAAGAGACGAAAAUAAACCCGGGCUAGAGUAGAGGAGAGGAGGGGAGAGCUGGUCAGUCAGGAUUAACGCCAGCUACCACUGCUAGCUUAGUUAGCAUAGGGGAGCUAACCUGCAGUUAUCCUAAUGUGUUAGCUGUUUCAGGCUAAUGCUAACGCUACUCAAAACAUGCUCAGUUUACAGUACACACGACAAGCUUCAAAGGCGAGUUAUACAUAAAACAAGGCAUGUAAGACGAACUCUACAGCAAAUCAGCAGACUUUGACCUUCUUAUGUCAAAUAAAUACUUAUUAUAUGGGUUGAGGUAUUACUGUCUUUACUUAAAGCGAUGUUCCUCAUUUGCUGAAGCAGAUGUGGAAGUGGCCAGCGGUGCACAUGCUACAUGGAUACUUGUCUGAGUCACAAAACUGGAUCAUUUCUGAUGUUAUCUGGGCUCAUUUUGUAGUCCUGAUGAUCCAUUUACUGGGUAUGUAAACUCAGUCAAACUUUAAACAGACUUGGUUUGCUGUGACCCCUCUUUGCUGCUUACCAAACAGUCCUAUAAUCAGGUCCAGAGGGGGCAAACUCCAAAGAAAGUGUGGACUGCCUGUUUCUAUAGAAGUGCAUUAUCUACUGGAGCAGUAAAUGUGAUAAAGGUUCACUUAUUUUGUAAUAUCAGGUUACUGUGUAAUGCCUGAACAGCAGAUGAAACAGUCUUUAUCUCAAAGGCAUACUUCCUAUUAUUACAGAUUGCAUUGUGCUCUUCUUGUAGAGCAUGUACACUGUGAUAGCAGGAACUGACUCAGUCUCCACCAGAGCAUCAGUUUCAACACAGUCUCGAUUCAUCUCUUUCGUUUCACUACAUAUUCAAAAUAUUAAACAGCUUUGUUCACUUAAAAUCCACUUUUUUCCAUGUACUUGGACUGUCAAAAAAUGACAGAGGGAGAAUUUAAUUGGAGUGUUAGAAAGCACCAAUUAACUUAAUGAGUAUCCAGAUAUAUUAGUAGGGAAACUGUGUGUUUAUGACAUCAAGUUCAGUAGGUGAAGUUAAUGCACUAAAUUCAAAGUUUUCAGCAGAGCCCUGUGACUUAAACAUGUCUAUAAUAAGUACUACAUCAUAUGUUCUUCCUGUCCUACACUGGCAUUGAUAACCAGCACACACUGCAGGUGAGGACGGAGCUCUUAUUGAUUUUAUGCUGUAAACAUACAGACUGGGAGAGAUAUUUUCAAGUCACUGUGUUGAAAAAAGUAACAACUCUUCCAAUGUGUUACUAUCGUAUCCUAAAUUCAAUACAGUCUAUAGUAAUUGUUAUCCUAUAAAAAAUAUACAUAGUUAUAGUUUGGGUCAUAACACUACAUUAAGUAUGCACAUUUCCAUUAAUGAGAGCAAAUGGUUUGUAGUUUGAAUGCUGACAAAUCCUUUAAAAAAAGCUGUUACAUCUGUGUGCAUUUAUUGUUGGUAUCGUAGGCUGAUCAAGAAGAAGAUCAAGGAGUUGAACCAAUCACGAGCAACAGUUUUUGAUUAUUGCUACAAAAUCUAAAUAUGCUGGUGAAAACUUGGUUAUCUGACAGUAGAUAUACAAAAGGACAAAACUAUGAAUUGGUACUAACAGACAGUUGAUUUGCUUGAAUAACCUCAUGAAGAAAUCACCAGCCACUCUCAGGUCUUAACUGGAUAAAGAGAAUUUAGGCUGCAUGGAUCCUAUCUUAUUGUCUCCACACUGUCACCUACAGAGUAAAGACAGGAGUGAGGCUCUUCAUGUGUCCAGUGAUGACUCGAAAACACACUAUGAUUCACAUACCUGUCUUAUCCUUUUUCAACCAGGUUUUAAUCCCUGCAGCACAAAUAAUCAAGUCCAUUUACAUAAGCAUUUAUUGUCAUUAUUCUUGUCAGUACCAUAAGUCAGUUUCAUAAAGUUAAAGCAGCAUCGCUCCAUAUUUGGGUGCGCAGUAAAUUUAAUGACUCUCCUUGUAGAGGUGUAAUUACAGCAGUGUUGCACCUGCAUUGUGAAUUAGUUAUCACCAUUAGCUGAACAGGGUAGUGGUCACCUGUGGUGCACAUUUGAUACAUUAUGUGUCAGAGAUAUCAGGCUGCUUUUAGGAUAUCCAUUAUAUUAAUAAUGGAUGAAAUGAGAACUAAGUUACUGGAAACUGAGCGGGCUCUUAAAAGCAUGAAACCAAUCAAUCUGGAGUUAUCUAACCAUUUACGUUACACUUUCAGAUUUGCAUUCAGAUAAACUCUUAACUUAAAGAAUCAGUCUUUUCUCUUAGUUGUCUUACUGCUUUCAUCUUGUCACAGGUCUGUAUCGACUUUGUUGCAGAUUGAUUUUUAAAAUAGAUAAAAAUAUAGCCAUGUAGACAGUGUAAUUUAAAGAACAGUUGGUGUCUAAGAAGGAAGUGUGGAUUUUUUGAAAUACUUAUGUGACUGGAGAUUUUUUGUCGUUAUUGUGGAAGUAAAUGAAACAAAGGAAGAAUGUGUAAAUGCUUAAAGAUGGACAUAAUGAGAAAUGUGUGAGACAAUGAGAAAUUGGCUGUCUAAAAACUUUCCCCUGAAGUGUUGUAAUCUUUUGUUUAUUAGUUACUGCCAUCUAAAGAGUUGUUAGAAAAUCAAAGUAUGAACUCAUACAUACUCAUAGUCAUAACAAUUAGACAUAUUAAGUUUGUUAAAAUAUACAGAAAUUGUGGAGCCAUAGCUGUAUUGUGUUUGUAUAACCAGGAAAUUACGUUUAAUUCAAUCCCCAUAAGUGACAUAUUUUUCAUGUCUGCUUGUGCAAUUACUCUGAGUGCUACAGACACUCAGGUUGCUGCGGUGUUCUUGCUGCCAUACUUGAACAUAAGUUAUGUGUCUGGUCUUUUCACAAGCAUAGCGACCUUCAUCCACUCACCUUGGCUAUUUUAAUGUCCAGAAAGUCAAAGACAAAGGCGACACACUGCAGGGAUGGUCUGAGGGCUGCAGAGUUUUAUUUCAGGAGUGAAAGGUUCUGGUUUGGUAAAUUAAACACAUAGCUGAGAAGAAUUUAACACAAAACAUAUUUUGUUAUGGUAGCAAAUCAUUUGAAGUCUAGGUUUCCAACAGAGUGAAGUACAAACUUCUUCAGUUAUCAGCAUGGUAAAAUGAGAAAAUGUCCCUGUUUGCUUCAUGCAGCUAGUUCAGUUACAUUUACAUGUUUGCUUUCAAACCAUCCCACACGCUGGACAACCUCACACAUAGGUGCAAACAGCAAUAAUCAGUAUGGUGUUUGGCAUAAAGGGUUAGGGACACCAUCAUAGGCAGGGACAGGAUCCUGUGGUCCAUGAUUGAGUAUCUGUUGCACUUGCUCACCCUGUCUUGUCGUUUUGAAUAAUUAUUUUAGUAUUUAUUUACAUAAUUACCAGGAAAGUGCAUUUAGUAAUAAGCUAUCUGUUGCUAAACGUUUUAGUUUACAUGAAUGGAAGCGUGCUUUGGUUAGUGCAUGAGUUAAUCUGGGUCUCUGAGCAGAUCUCAUACUUGAUAAUAUUACUCAUACUUUCACCACUCCAAAAAGGUACAUUUAUUGCCAGUGUCCACUGCUCCAUAUAUUAUUUUUUCCCUAAGAUUACAUAAAUGCUGUAAGGGAAAACAAAUCGGACACAGGAUAACUAGAGUGGUUUUGAGUUUGUAAAUGUAUCUUUGUACUUUGUUAGAUAUUCAUAUAGAGGAUGAAAUCUCCAGAGAAUGAACAGUCUAAAAAAAAUCCAAUCUCUUUUAAAACCUUCCUUAUUAGGUUUGUACCUCAUGUUUUGUUUGUCUCCUUCUUAUCAUGAGGUGGAAAAGGGUAGUUUCAAAUACAAAGAAGUAGGUAAAAGGUUGUACGCCUGUAUUUACCUCGACCUUUCUUUGUUGUUUAUUUUUUCCCCUCUAGACAUCAUGUCUUCCAGGGAGCGCCGGUCAGAUGUCUACAUAAAGGCUGAACCCAGCAGUCCAGAGGGAGGCGGGGGAGGUCGGACCAGCCCAGGCGGGGCCUCUUCAGACUCUUCUCAAAGUGGAGGUGGAGGAACCAGAGGGGACAGCGUUAAACGUUACUCGCCGCCGCUCUACACGCCCGCUCUGCGCUGCCACUUCAAAGACGAAGGCGGAGACGGGGCAGAGGAGGGCUCCACCGGAAACGGAGCAGGGCGGUGCAAGUACGCCCUGAGCACACUACCCAAGAGGCUGUGCUUAGUAUGUGGAGAUGUGGCGUCAGGUUAUCACUAUGGUGUGGCUUCAUGCGAGGCCUGCAAAGCUUUCUUCAAGAGAACCAUCCAAGGUGGGUGCAGUGAUGAAGUUUCAGCAUUUAAACAGUAGCAGUAGGGAACAAUGGUUUUCUUCUGAUACUUUCCCUAAACCACACCUUCAAGUCACAACCUGAUGUUGCCUUUUAUGGGCUUUUGUUGAAUAUCAGGUGUUUUGUGUGACACUGUCUUCUGUGGAACAGCACAGUCAGAGAAAGAAAAUGGGAAAUUGCCAACAUACAGCCAUUUUUCUCUGUGAUAGUGUAUUGGCCAGAAUCUAGCAACAGGAUAAAUAUCACCAAACAAGGGCCAUCAUAGGUUCUCUUCACUGUAGUGAUGCUCUCAGCAAGGUGACAUGAAUAAAUUAGAUUUAUAUUCAUAACCGUGGCCUGUAACAACUUACAGUGAAGUGAUUGCUUUUUUCAAGUUUGAGGAAAGACGGUCCUUUUCAGGUUUAAUCUCGAUCAGUGGUUCUCAAGUCCAGUCCUCGAGGCCCACUGUCCUGCAUGUUUUGGAUGUUUCCCUGCUCCAACACACCUGAUUCAAAUGAUCAGCUCGUUAUUAAGCCAUUUCAGAGCUUGAUAACGAGCUGAUGAUUUGAAUCAGGUGUGUUGGAGCAGGGAAAUAUCCAAAACAUGCAGGACAGUGGGCCUCGAGGACUGGACUUGAGAACCACUGAUCUAGAUGUUAGUUGAAGUAUGACUUUUCAGUCAGGAACAGUGCGGGGCAUGGUGGAGAAAAAGUCUGACUCAGUGACCUUUAUUCUUUAGUUAUGGCUUUAUUGUUUAACAUGCUCCUGUUUUACUGUCUCUACAACCAUCCUUUCGGUUUUCUACUGCUCUGUUAAAAAUAUGAACACCUGUGUGUGUGCUGCUGAGAAUGAAUAACACUAACAAAAACCUGUUUCUUUCAUGACUUUGUAUUCCUUUCACACGUAUAGUUUAUCAUGUCAUUGUUAGCAGGACUGAUGAGAAUGUUUUCUUUUGUUCUAUUAAGGUAACAUUGAAUACAGCUGCCCAGCAUCCAAUGAGUGCGAGAUCACCAAAAGGCGCAGAAAGGCUUGUCAGGCAUGCCGCUUCACCAAGUGCCUCAAAGUAGGCAUGCUGAAAGAGGGUGAGUGUGUUCAUGAUGUGAAGAAGCUCUACGGUGUUAUAAACAACGGGAAAUUGGGCCUUAGAUAAAGUCAUGACGUUUGUUUUCAAUUGUAUUUACAGUAAUUAUUUAAUUUUCGCAGGAGUUCGCCUUGACAGGGUCCGAGGUGGAAGGCAGAAAUACAAAAGGCGUCCAGAAGUGGAGAAUGCAACAUACCAGAGUGCCCCUCUACCACUCACGAAGGAGAGUGAAAAAGGUCGAUUCAUGUUCUUGUUAUAUCACUUUGUCUUUCAUCCUACAACAGGCAACAUUUUCUAAAACUAUAAGAGAUAAAAGUAGCUGAGUAACUAUAAAACUGGCUGUUGCCCCAUGUUAUUGUUACAAACUGUACAGGAACAAACAACCCGUACAUGACGCUGUAUAUCUGUAUGCGCUAUUUUGACCGUCAUCACUGUCUGUCAACAAGUAUUUUCUUUCUUUUUUUUUUUCAAUCUUUCUGCUGCUUGUCUACAUGUUAUCAGUUGUUUAUCCCAGAUGGUAAACAACAAAUCUAGGCUGCGGUUGGUCGAAGCCCCCUGUGCUUCUCAGAUUCAGAGGUAGAGACAGAGAGUUCACAAGCUUGUAAGCUGAACCUUUUUACUCUUAAAAUGAAGAUGCCCGGAGUGUCCCUCCAGGAAAUGUCGAACAUGCUGGUUGUGUUUAAUAGUAGCUUACCAGAGUGAGUAGCAAAACGCUUACACAUUCUUCACAGUUAAUCAACAGCACCCUCUACUGGUUGUGUAGGAUACAGCCUGACCUUCCCAGUCAGAAAUACUGAAUACUGUUGACACAGUUUCUUAAUUCAGAAGACAUUUGACUGAAAGGUUACACAAGUUUUGUAAAAAAAAUCUCUUAGGUUUGCCUGAAAAGUAAGCACACAGAUUUUUCAAUAAGAAGUCAGUUUGCGAAAUGUAACCUACAUCUGAAUUUGAGAUAUUGAAACUAGCAAUAUGAAGGUAAUGCAGCAUUUUGAACAUACAACAACCAAUACAUAACAAUAUACAGCAUUGUAAAUCAUUUAGUUUGUUUGACACAGGUUACAUUUGCUUCUCCAUAUGCUCAUAAAAGUUUUCUCUUGGUGGGUCAUAUAAAUCCGUUGUUUUGUGUUCCAGGUUCCUCCAACAUCAUUGUGUCCCACCUCCUAGUGGCAGAGCCAGAGAAGUUAUUCGCCAUGCCUGACCCUCUGCAGCCCGACACAGCUCAGCGCACACUCACCACCUUGUGUGACCUUGCUGACCGUGAGCUGGUCGUCAUCAUUGGCUGGGCCAAACACAUUCCUGGUAAGAGAUGAAGAGAGGACAAACGAGGGAGGAGAGGCAGUGAAAGCAUGGCAGCCACGCAGGAGAUGUAUAGCCUCAUCCCUAACUUGCUGUGUCAUGUUUUCUUCAGGCUCUCUUAUGGCAUCUGGGUGUUUUUGUUUUUUUUUUCCGGGAAGUACAAUACUGACUGUAAUAAAUUGCUUUGGUCAGCCUAAUCAGCGUAAUUAACAGGCACAACAAGGUCAAAAAACACGGUCAGGAUAAAUGAGAUUUAUGUAUUAGUGAGCUAAUGCAGUGCUGAACUCUCUUACAGGCUGAGUCACUUGCUGUUUUAUUCUGCCAAAUAGGAGAAAUGAGUGGCUGAUGAGUCAGUUGAUAGUAACAGUCUGAACAUAUUGCCAGUAUGGCCCCUUUGCAUUGACUUGUCUGUGUGUGUGUGUAUCCCCUGCAGGCUUCCUGUCGCUGUCCCUGGCAGACCAGAUGUCUGUGCUGCAGUCGGUCUGGCUGGAGGUGCUGGUCCUGGGCGUAGCGUACCGCUCGCUCGGCUGCGAGGAUGAGGUGGUGUUCGCAGAGGAUUUUGUCCUUGAUGAGGAGAUGUCACGUGUUGCUGGACUGACAGAGCUAAACGCAGCAAUUAGUCAACUUGCUCGCCGCUUCCGCGCACUUAACGUGGACCGGGAGGAAUUUGUCAUGUUAAAAGCCAUCGCACUCACAAACUCAGGUACUUAUACUUCUGUAAUUGAACGGUUAAGCAGUCCUAGAAACUGUUAAAGUGCACGUCAUAGAACUAGCACCAGCCUGAAGGUAUUGAGCUGUGCACAGUGAUAAAACACUGUUAGUUUCUCUCUCCGUAGAACAUGUUCAUUAGUGUUUUAUUGAACUUUCUGCAGCCUUUUCUGACGUGGCCUCUCAUACCAGCAAAGAUUAAGGUUGCUCCUACAAACACCAGAAGAAGUCCUAACAUACUUAUAAUAAAUAAUAUCAGGCUUACAGUCAUUACUGCAUUGGGAAUUCCACCACAGUAUUAGUCUGAAUAUUUCUACUGUCCACCAAAAACUAUGUUCAGAAAGACUCAAAGCAGCAGGCUGUCUGUCUUAGCUUACUUGUGAUUAAGUUGCUUGUACAAAACGUACUUCUCUACCUGUUCCUCACCCCUUUCUUCACGAUCGUGACACUCUGAUUUUACAUUCUAAACCCUGUCAUUGCUGUGAUUCGUUUCCUUAUCCAAGUGUGAUGUAGUGAUGUGGGUCAGUGUGUCCUUCUAAACGUAAGUAGCUGGUUAAUUAAUUUAACCUGUCUUCAUCUGUCUGCUAAAUGUAGCGACAACAGUGGAUUAGAUGGAAUGGGUGCAGCUAAUGUCAAUUGUGCAGCUUUUGAGCCUGAUGAGAUUAUGUGCAUGUCUGCAGCAGAAGGUCUGGGACAACAGGACGGCAAGAUGGAAAGUGAUAGGUGCAGUGAGUGCUACUAUGAUAUAAAACAAAACAUUUAUGAGGGCUCUCAAACAUUUUUUUAAUUCUUCCUUAAUUUAAGUGUUUUUAAUUUAGUCUGAUCGUACCCUCUAGGGAUACUUUUAAAAAAAGGGUAACAUUUCUGGGCUUUUAUUGCCUUCAUUUGGAGAGUACAGGACAGAGGCCAGAGCAGGACACAGGGAGAGAGAGCGGAGAGUGACAUCUGGGACAGGAGCCACUGGCCAGAAUUGAACCUGGGCCAACCGUUUGAGGCAUAACCUGUGUAUAUGGGGCAUGCAUGGACCACUAGGCCAGAAGUGCCCCUUUUUCAUGUUUUUAUCACUCUAAUGAACAUGGGAGUGGGAAAAAAAAGCUUUCUUUGUACCUUUUUGUAAAUUUGAAUAUUUGCUCUGAAAACCUUGGCAUUGGAAGUUUUGAUCAUCUUAUUUGAUGAGCAUUAGGAGCUCUUGUUUGCAAGUUAAUCCAGUCCUAAUUCCACAUGUAAUAUUGGUUUUCUACUGCUAGGAAAACAAAUAUAUUCUCCAAAAAACUUCAUUCUUCAAGUCACACCAAAAUGUGAAAUCUCUCUUUACCGACAUCUGAACACACCGUGAGCAAACAACUGACCACCAUAAGUCUUUUUCUCUGUAGUUUGGGAAUUAAAUUGUAUCCAAAAACACUGGUGGACAAUUUACACGUUUGUUCAUUCGUGAUUCGAUUUAACAGACAUGCAUCAACUCAAGACAUAUUGUUAUGUCAUGAGAGCUAUGAAAGCCAGGUCUGUAAUUGUGUUGUGUUUUUGCUUUCUCUCCAUGUUACUGCUGCACUGCUUUCGUAUUUACAAAGGGUCACAUUGAGUGUUCAAUGAGUUGAAGCGUUCUGAAGGUAUUAACUCUGACAGCCCUGGUUUUUAUAUCUAUUGUUAUCUUCUGGUCUUUUAUGGGCUGAGCUGCCGGUGCAGAGACACAGAGAGUGUAUAAUAGUUGUAUAGUGUGACUUUCUCAGUCAUAGUCUCUUUUUUUAAGCAUCCUGUAAAGACUCAGUGAAGACCUCCCUCAGUAUAUCCUGUCACAGAUCUGCUGCUCUCUUUCCCUGCACACAGAGGCUGUCGUAUGUUUUCAACAGGCUGUGCUUUAUUUACUGGUCUAAAAGCCGAAAUUUUUUAAACCACUGAGUUCCUCACUAUGUGCUCCCUGUUGUUCUGUCAGACUCUGUUUACAUCGAGGACAUGGAGGCUGUGCAGAAGCUGCGGGACCUCCUCCAUCAGGCCCUGCUGGAGCUGGAAUGUCAGCGGCGCCCAGACGACCCCCAGCGGGCAGGACGCCUCCUUUUAACAUUGCCUCUCCUCAGACAGACUGCUGGUCGGGCUUUAACCACUUUCUACAGCAUCAAGACCCGUGGUGGUGUACCCAUGCACAAACUAUUCCUGGAGAUGCUGGAAGCCAUGAUGGACUCUCCCUAGAGCAGGAAGCAGCUGAAUCAGACGAGGAUGCAGUGGGGGAAAGACCCAACAGAGAUCUAGACUUGAUGAGUGGUUUGUGAGACAUGGAAGAUUUUAUUAUAGAAUUGACAAUGAGGGAAAUGACUUUGUUUUCCCUUUUUUAUAGGCUACACAAACUAAACUAUAAUAUGAGAAAAGAAAACCUCAUGUAUUCAUGUCCCUAAGUGGGAAAUGGUUAUUAACAGUAAGAUGUAACUGCCAAACUACCGUAAGAGGCUCCAAGAGGGCAAACAUCUAACAGAAACGCCAGAACUCUGCUCGGUUUCAACUGUUUUAUUGACGUGUUUCACCACAGCACCAAUCUGCAGUUGCAUCAACGCUGAAGAGCGACAUUUAGGUACCCCAGAACAGACUGCGACAACAUGGCUUUGGAACUUUUUCAAUUAAUGCAACAUCUGCUCAUAAAAGCCAUAGUAACAUAUUCGGGGGAAGACUUGAGGGUCCAGCAAAGAGUCAUGUUGACAUGCACAUGGAGGGCUUAUAUUUACUAUAGUUUAGCGUGCCGUUGUAGGCAAAUCCAUAGGAAUUACUUGCAAUAUGUUAAAGCAAUAUAAUAACUCGAUUAUUGUCUGUCACAUUCAAAAUGUGGAUAAAACAGAGAUACAUUUAGUUGUAUGUGUAUAUUAGUCGUUCCCAACUCUCAGGGCCCCGAAGUGUGGAUUUUUUGUGUAUUCUAGUUCCCAGUAGAUACAGGUUUGGAUCAAGCAUGCCAGACCAGUAGAUUUAGAGUAAAAAGUACCAUCAGCUUUAGGGUGAAACACUGGAGUUGGGAACCACUGGUGUACAAAGCAGGUGCAGGAUUCUUUAUAAAAGGUUGUGCAAUUGAUUUGUGUGCUCAAAAUAUUCUCCACUUGGAAAGUAAGUCCAGUGUAGUGUGUAAAUUGACACACGCAAAAACUUGCUUCCUGACAAGUUAGCGUGUGUGUGUUUGUGUGCAGUCGAACUCAAGGAGCUGCACAGAGAUCAGGGAAGACUACAACUCUUUGACAUUAAAGCCAGUGUGGCAACAUCAGUCCUUAGAAAGAAAUGCAUAUGCCUCAUCUGCUUUUUUAUACUAUUCCCCUUCUUUAGACUUUACUACUAUUUUUGACUUCAGCUGCUGUGCUGUUUACAGCUUUUCUCAGUCGCUCUGGUGCAUUUCACACAUCAGUGUUAACAUUUGCACAAAAGUUAGUGCAUUUCUCAAAACAAUUAGUUCAAACUUCAGAACAUAGUUAAUAACCUGCAAAAGUGUGUCACUUGCUCAAAAUGGAUAGUUCAUUAAGUAUUAAUGUCAAUGAAAGUGUCGAAAGUGUCAGUGUCAUCAAAAUGAAAAGUCCCGACACCAUUGUUUAUGAACAAGAUCGUCAAAUGGCUAUGUGAUGUUUUCAUUAUGACAAUGAAUUCUUUAAGUGUUUUCAAAUGCAAAAAAAAGUUCUUGGUGACAGCACUGUACAACACCUGCACAGCCGUCUGAAAACUACAGUACAGUCACACAUAACUGUAUUUAGUGAAGUAACUCUAUAGCAGCACUUUGUGACUCUGUCAACCUUACGGCAUUGUUUACCAUCACUAUUGCACAAAUGGCUUCCUCUUGUUGUGGAGUAAGAAAGGACUCUCUUCCACCUCUGUGAGGUUGUCCUGCAGUCCUGUGUGGUGCAGAGUAAAAUUACAGUAAUGUACAGUAAACGUGAGAUAUACUGAGUUAACCUACAUUACUUUAAUGUACAAUAACAGUGUUUCCCACUUGUAAAAUUCUGCAGUACGUUACAUACUGAAAACAUGGCAAAUUUCUACUGUUACACCACUGUACACUACAAUACAGUAAAUGACUAUUCAGCAUUCAAAAGUACAGCUUAUUUUGACUGAUGACAGAAGCAGAUGAUAAUGGUAUAAAACAGCAGAGAUUUAUUUGAAAGCAAUUGAUGCUUCUAUGAUGUUCACAAAAUUGUUGUGGAGGUUAAAAUAACUGUUAUGCAAAUGUUAGUAGUGAUGUGAGAAAUGCACCAAAGCGACUGAGAAAGCUGUAAAAAGGUACGGUCUGACUUGUCUUAUUUGUGGGCUAUAACUUCUGAUGCUAACCGGAAUGACUGAUGGCUGUGUGAUGAGACUUUGCUGCAUUUUUUUUUGCAGCAGUAGUUCGUAGAAUAUUGUAUUAAAGAUCUCAGUUGGAUUCAUGUGAGAUCCGUCCUUUGUUUAUGUACAUCUGUCAACCUUUAAUUUUGAAAGUACCGUGGUGGACUCGGGACAAGACAUGACAUGUAUGAACCAUCCUUCUUUUGGGUGUUAGAGUGCUCUUUAAAAAACAUCCUGGCAGUUGUUCUCAUUUUUCAGCAGGUCUGUAUACUUACUAUAGAAAUGAUUGAUAUAGUGAGCUUCAAAUGCAGUGCAAAGCUACAGUAUCUGAUGUCCGACAGAUCCAUAAAAAGAUGUAGUCGCCAUUGAGCUAUAAAACUUUUAGCCAUGUACAGUUCCAUUUAAAUAAACAGAAACAUGCAAUUUGUAGUGAAAGAUAAUAAAGCCAGCAAAUGUGAUACAGAUUCCCCAUUUCAAUUACAUUUGUGCAGCUUACAGUGUUCUAAAAAUUGUAAAGACUUGAAACUUGCUUUUUCAUACGUUUUCCUUUCUAGGAUUUAAGGGUCUUUUAUUUACAUUGUGGCACUGUCGUGGGUUUGGUAUUAAAAUGAAGCUUUCCAUUCAGGACAUUGUGGAUACUAAUUGUUUUUAUUUUAAUGUGAGACUUGAUGUGUUUUCUGAAGCUGAUUGUCAACUGAGGGAUCAAUUAACUUGACACGGAUUUAGCUGAAUGAUGAGGUUACAGAGGGCUACCUCAAGAGGCACAGUAAGCCAGACGGCCAAAAAACUGUGGAGACUAAAGUUAUCAUUGAUCUUUUGAUUUGUCAAUUAGAAUAUUGGGUUAUUGUCUUGCAGGUUUUUGACUUCUGAGAUUUUGUUUGUAGUUUUCAUCAUUUUAAUGUGUUUAUGGCUCAUAAAUCAGGUUUUAGAGGAUGCCCCAUGGUACAAAGUGUCUCACAGUGAGAGACAAUCUGACAAUUGUUGGUUUUUACAGAAAUAAUGAUGCAGCUAGAAACACUGGAGGUCAUUUUACUGCAGUUCCAUCGCAAACUAUUUACACCGAUGUUUUUUUUUAUUACAGCAAGCAAUGUGGAGCAGGGACUGAAAUCUCUGACUCACCUUGUUUUUUUAUGGUUACAACAUAAAUAUUAAUGUCAUCUAAAAAGAUCUUGGUCUCUGAUGUGCUUACUAACCUACAUUGUCAAAGUCUAAGGCAAACAAAGAGUAUGGAUGCCUGGAUCACCUGUUCAAGUCUCUAAAUACUUACCUGGUCAUUAAGAUAAAGUUAGAUUUCUCCUCAGUAUACAAAUAUGUUUUAGGUACAGGGGUUAGGGUAAAGGCAGGGUCAUUUGCAGUGUCACUGUUAAAAUUAUAUAGUCAUUCGUAGUUUUAUUAAAUAUGUGCGCAUUAAUAUAAAUGAGCAAUACAAUAAAUUACCAAACCUCACACAUUUCCUUGUAUAGCCACGAUGUACAUUUAACAUUGCCAGUUAUGAUGAAGAAUAGGUACUAAACGUUCUAUUAUUUAGAAGUUCAAAUCAAUGUUUGUAUUUUGAAAGACUAUUUAAAUGAUUAAAUUCUAUUUUUUACUCAAUUUACUGUUGUUCGUUGACACUGCUUUAUUUUUGUGUGUGAUAUUGGCUGUGAAUUUCUGUGUGUAGGCUCUUUUUUUUGUUUCAUUUAGAUUCAAGAGUUUGAUGUCUUUGUCUAAACAUGUCCACAUAAAAUCACUGUGAAAAAAGUGAGAUAUUCCACUAUCUGACGCAACAGGGAGUGGAUUAUUGUAGGUGCUUUGUGUUGUGUAAUAAAUGGACACACCACCACCACAUAA